AUGCCUAUAUACUGUGCUAGCUUGAGUGUAAAAUUACCAUGUGUGUUAGGACAUAGGAGGAGAAGUGACAGCUUCACACUCAGCCAUGUAAAAGCAGCAGCAGCAGGUUCAUGCUUCUUGUCCCUACACCAUAAAUUCCCCAACAACCUCUUAAGCCACAUUGGUUUUGUGUCAAAUUUCGACCAAAUUUAUUGUUAUCCUUUGAUGGAGGAGGACCAGAAAAUGUUUGGCCUUGUCUCAGAACAAGAGGAAUAUUCCAAAGAGUUGGAUGUUGCUGUCAGAGCAGUGCAGAUGGCAUGCUUCCUCUGUCAGAAAGUGCAAGACACUUUGAUUUCCAUGUCUAUGAGCAACGAUCAUGUCCAAUCCAAGGGUGACAUUUCUCCAGUCACAGUUGCAGGUUGGAGUGUGCAAGCAAUUGUCAGCUGGAUAUUGUCCCAGUGUUUAGUGGGUGAAAAUAUCUCAAUUCUAGCUGAAAAGGAUGGUCACACUCUCUCAAAUACUAAUGCAUGUAAACUGUUAGAUGCUGUGGUUAAAACCGUGAAUGAAUGUUUAGCUGAAGCACCUCGAUUUGGAGUUGAAGAACCAAAAUCAGCUCUUGGAACUUCAGAGGUUCUUGAAAUCAUUAGUCGCUGCAACUCUGUUGGGGGUCCUUCUGGAAGAUUUUGGGUACUUGGUCCUCUUAUUGGUACAUUGGGGUUUGUAGGUGGAGAUCAAUAUGCUGUAGCUCUAUCACUCAUAGAGAAUGGAGAAGUGAUGCUUGGAGUUCUAGGGUGUCCUAACUACCCAAUGAGAAAGGACUGGUUAAGUUAUCAUCACCAUUAUCAUAGGAUUAUGUCCAAGUUGACUCCAACCUCUGAAACUUGGAAUAAAGGUUGUGUAAUUUAUGCUAAAAGGGGUAGUGGCAAGGCUUGGAUCCAACAACUGCUCCAUGUCAAUAAGAAGUUUGUGUGGCCAAAUCAUGCAAAACAAGUUUCUGUUUCUUCCAUUGACAACCCAGCAUUGGCCACUUUCUGUGAACCAGUUGAGAAGGCCAAUUCAAGCCACUCUUUUACUGAAGGACUGGCUCAAAGUGUUGGUCUCAGUAAUCAGCCAUUAAGAGUUCACAGCAUGAUGAAAUAUACAGCAAUAGCUUGUGGGGAUGCUGCGGCUUUCAUGAAGUUUGCUAGGGCUGGUUACAAGGAGAAAAUAUGGGAUCAUUCUGCUGGUGUUGUCAUUAUACAAGAGGCUGGAGGUGUGGUAACAGAUGCUGGGGGUAGUUCCUUGGAUUUCUCAAAAGGUUUAUAUUUGGAAGGGCUUGAUCGUGGUAUCGUUGCUUGUGCUGGAGCCACAUUACAUGAAAAGAUCAUCCAUGGUGUUGAUGCUAGCUGGGCCUGUUCUAGCCUUUGAGAUUGUUUCUAAGAAUCUAGAUGGAUAGAUACAUACUGUGCUUAUGUCAAUAAUAUUUAAUCUUUUUUCUUUUAAACAGUAUCUUAUAAACAACACC